AUGGAAGCCAUUGCAUCACUCGACCCACUCAUAAAAGCAGUCUACUUGAUGUACAAAAGUGAUCCUCGAUUUCUGAGUCACAGCAUUGCGGAGAUUGUGGGGAUCUCUACUAUGGAUGUGAAAAGAAGGGUCUCUGAUCAAUCCACCAGCUCCAGCGGUUCAAAGAGUUCACGAAGCUCCGGGGAGACCAAAAACUCCAGAAAGAGAAUACUCGGCCGGUUGCAUGCUUCUAAUGAGAAGCCCGAAACCUUCUUCAUUGAGCUGGCAAAUAAGCUAGACUCGCUUGCUAAGGGCUACCAUACGGAGAUAGAAGAUUGGGGUAUGAGCGCCGAGGAGCGAAAAAUAUUUAUCUCCAUGCUACUCACAUUCAGGACUCUAUACAAUCCUGUGGAACAAGAUAUUAACAGACUGAUAAACGACUUUCAGUUGGUGGCAGCAAAGAACAUUCAUGCGAGAGAUCCGUCCAAUGCAUCUGUUCAUCUCGUUUAUCUUGCUCGAUUCAUUGACUAUCUACUCAUUUUGAGGUCCUCCAGUCAGCAGAAGGACAUACUCAUAAUGCACAGGAACGAAAUUUGCGCUAAGAGAUUUUAUCCUCAAAUAAGGAUCCAAGACUUACCAAAAUUUGAGGUUAUCUCCAAGGUGUACGGCGUCGAGUUUCUGCAUCUAAACAAUCGUGUUUUGGCCUUAAAGGGUGAAUGCCGAGAAGUGGACAUCAUCUAUGAACUAGAGAAGAAGGAUACAAGACAUCGCUUCAAGGAGUCUGAUUUUUCUGAUCCGGGCGAUUAUCGUGAAUGGCUUCAGGGUAGAAUGCGUUUUUUUCGCAAAGCCUUGGACAGAUUUCAGCAAGAGCGAUUUCACUUCAACGUGAGUAAAUCUUCUCCACGCCCUGUAAGUCCGAAAAACCGUUACCAGACUUUCGAUUCUGUGCUCGACGUAUUUAUGAAUGGUUCCACAAUGUGCCCUGUCUGUCAGGAAAUCAUCAAAGAUUGCAUGUUUGUUUGGCAACUAGAUGGCUACGAAGUUUUCAUGUCAGUUAUCAGAGCUUACCUCAGAAGGCGUGAUUACAUUCGCAAAGAUGAUGCUUUGAAGCUUGCAAGAACUUUAUUAGAUUUUAGCGGGCUUCCAUUCAAGCCAGAAAUGUGGCCUAUCCCUAUCAAGUCACAAGUAGGAAUCACAGAAAGCCUGAAUACUCCGAUCGUGCAAAGCCUAGCCCCCAUUAUGGAUGAUUUAUUCAAUCCCGCUACCUUGAAAGAGAUCGUUACCAAACUCAAAGAGGUUCACAGCACAAGCUUUUUUGGAAUUUCAGAGCACUCCAAACUGACCAUUACGCUAAACCUUCCGAAAAUAUCCAAGAAGCGCUAUAAAGCAAUGACAUCUAGUAUCGAAAAAAACUCGGUCACCCUUGAAAACGUUUCAAUGCUGCUAAAUUGUGUGCUCAAAGAUUUACAGUAUUUGUCAACUAACAUACCGUUGCAGUUUGAUACUUUGUGGGAUUUCUGGAUUGUCAAGUAUGAUCUUGCAAAAAGAUCUCUUACCGAUACUAGAAGACUGGUAAGCUCCCUAAUUACCGAAACCAUAAUGGAUGGUUCCGGAAAAUGGAUUAGGAACUACAAAAUUCCCACGAACACUGAAACCAUGAAGUGCAUCCUCUCAAAGAUGGUGCAAGUUCGGGACUUAGCCCGAUUUCCUUUACACGAAUUCUCCAAAAUUGUGGAGCCGUACUUUUAUCCUGACUAUUACUCACUGUGUCAGGAUUGGUGCUUGGAUAUGAUCGAUGAAGCUUCUGAAGUGCUACAGGCAGAAACUUUCGAGUUAUCCAAAGAUCCAUCUUACAGCAACAAAAGCAUUGUUUCACUUUUCAACGUUUUCUUUCGUUAUUUGUCCAAAGUGGAGCGGUUGAAAUGGACUGACAAAUUGCAAAACGCCACUCUUUUUACACUGGUGUGUGGAACCAUCUGUAACAUUCUAAACGAAUAUUGUGAGCAUUUGACUCUGGAUAUCAUAACCAAUUUUCAGGAAACAGAUGCAUCUGAUGUGGACCAGGUGUACUACGUGAAGAUAAGCAACUUGUAUGCCAUACUCCAAAAACUGGAUAUGAUUUUUUGCGACGAUGUAAUUGAGGACAUGUCUUCCGUGAUGGAAUCGUCCAAGACAAAUAUAGGCAGCAGAUUAAUUGUUGUGAAGGUCAAAAGUGCAGAAAUUCUGACUGAUAAAUUUGCACCCACUUCAUAUGUACAAAUCUCCGGCUGUCUUAGCCAAAGAACCAGAGCCAUUCGCGGUGACUGGCUACCUCAAUGGCAAGAAGAGUUUCUUGCGGUCAUUGAUAACAAGGACUCUCAAGUGAUAAGAUUUGAACUGGUCGCAAAUAAUAAUGUGGUAGCGAACUUCGCAUAUGACUUAGAUCUAAAUUCCACGAGUAUUGGAACCGAAAAUACUCUCACACUGACAAACAGCGACUUUAUCAGUUUGAAAUGGUCCUACUGGCAUGAGACCUUAUUGACUGAUCCGCUUCAUUUCAUUGGGACGACUCGAGCUACAUUAAUGGCGUCAAUCCAAAGAAUAAUACCUUUCUUAGGUUCAGAUAUUUGUGGGAGUAUCAAAACACUGUUCACCAAAUCCACCCUAUCCGAAAUGAGAGCAAUGAACUUGGAUAUAUGUAAGAUUGGUGAUUUUCUCAAAGCAGAAGAUAACCCUGAGCAGAUCAUAGAUAAGAGCGUGGUGGAAACUUGUGACCAGAUCAAUACAAAGGUGUCUCAGCUAAAGCCUAUUUUGAAUUGCUUAGCAAUUGAUGAUUUACUGCUCUAUAUCUGGUCUCAAAUAGUGCGUCAUGCCACUGAUUUAGCUAUUCCCCCCCUUUCAUAUCUCAGAAGGAUACGAAGCAAACACGAUGAAUUGUGCUCAAUGAUAGAUUCAGUUAGUAUUGCACCUGUGUCGCCAGAAAUACUCGCCGUAGACGACUUUGAGCGAGUGGUUUCUUGGGUUUAUAAACUGUUUGCUUUGGUUUGCUCUCACUUGACUUCCCAGCGACACGACUCACUGUUGACCUUAGACUUUUAUGGUUUCCUGAAAAUGCGCUCUCUAUACCAUCAAACUCUAUCUGACAUACAGAAAGAAUACAAAUCGUGCGUUGACAGAUGUGAGAGCUUGUUACGGUUCCAGAUGGGAAAUUUUCGUACCAACUGUGGUGUGGCCAAGUCCGUAGCGCGGCAAAGUACUCAGAAGAAGCGCAAAGACUUGUUGGAAGAAGAGACAGAUGUACAGAUGGAAAACCUUGACCUUACCACGAGAGAAAUCUUUCUGAGACUGAUGUUCGCAAAAGAUGGCUCUAGAUCCAUUGAGUAUAUCUCCCGAAGCAUGGAAGAGUUCGAUCGACUGACUAAUGAUAUAAUGACCGGAGAAAAAAAGGCAUCUAAAAGAUCCAGCAGAUUAAAUAGUCCAAUUUAA